AUGUCUGAAGAGGAGCAGGAGGAAGCUCCCGAGGAGGCAGAGGAGGAUGGAGUAGAGCACCAAGAGUACCAAGAUCAAGACGCCCAGGAGGAAGAUCAAGACGCCCAGGAGGAAGAGGAGGAGCGCCCCAAACCCAAACCUCUGGUGCCUCAGCUGGCCCCUCCAAAGAUUCCUGAGGGCGAGAGGGUGGAUUUUGAUGACAUCCACAGGAAGCGUAUGGAGAAGGACUUACUGGAGCUGCAUACUCUGAUUGACGUCCAUUUUGAGCAGAGAAAGAAGGACGAGGAGGAACUCAUCGGCCUCAAGGACCGAAUCGAGCGCCGUCGGUCAGAGAGAGCAGAGAUCCAGAGGGUUCGAGCAGAGAAGGAGAAGGACAGGCAGAACAGGAUUGCGGAGGAGCGUCACAGGAAAGAGGAGGAGGAAGCCAAGAGGAAGGCCGAUGACGACCUCAAGAAGAAGAAAGUGCUGUCUGGCAUGGGAGCGAACUUUGGAGGCUUCCUGGCGAAGGCUGAGUCGAGGAAAGGCAAGCGUAUGACAGGCAGAGAGAUCAAGAAGAAGACGCUGAUGGACAGACGGCAACCGCUAGGCAUCGACAACAUGAGGGAGGACGCCCUCAAGUGA